AUGGCUCCACCUCAGUCAUUCUCUGUCAUGAAAUGCAAGGGUGAGAAAGAAUGUCCAUAUUACAUGCGAUAUCUAGAACAUCUGCCAUUUCUGUCAAGGUCUGCUGCUAUUUUCCGGGAGUGUUUUGAUCCUAUUGUAGCAAGAUCUGGUCGUGAUUUGAUUCCUGUUAUGGUGUAUGGGUCUAUUGUUGUAUCAGCUGGUCUUCUUAGGAUAUUUGGUCGUGAGGUAGCCGAGCUUCCCAUAGUGGCGACAACUAGAGAACACCAAGGGAAAGGCUAUUUCCAAGUAUUAUUUUCAUGUAUAGAGAAGUUGUUGGUUUCCUUGAAUGUGGAAAACUUUAAGAACAUUUUGUAUACACUGACCAACCUGCCGGGGGGUCUACCCAGUCUACUCCAUGUGUUCAAGAUUAGUGCUGUAAUGACCCACUAA